UUUUCAAAUAAAAAACUGACAACUCUUGAGAGGGUUUCAAAGGAUGGGGACUAUUGUCUUAAAGCCUCUGAAUCUUUCACCAGAUUCAUAUUCAACCUUUGUGUUUCUAUACACUUAAUCACAAACUAGCUAAUCUCACUGCUGUAUGAAAAUGUGAGAGGAUCUCAAGGUAGAUAAGAAAAGCCUCUUUUUGUGGUGAAUCAACAUGUUUCUUUAUAGGAUCACAGUCAUUCAUUUUUGUCAAGUUAGUCCAACUUUCAGUUUGGUGUAAUUUAAAAAAUUAAAUUAAACAUAAAUUUCUCAGCACUUUAACUUGUCAAGAAAAACCGAGAUCAUCCCACUUCCCCAUGCUGGAGAUUUUAGUUUAACAGUAACAAUCCAUAAAGUUACCUUUAAAGUUAAGCACACAAUAAUCACACAAGUAAUGUCAAGACCCAACAGUAGACUUAAACUUCAAUAAAAUCAAUCUGGUUGUGUGUGUUGUUUUUGUCUCCUGGAAACUUUGCUUUAAUUCUACUUCUUUUUUCUAUCUAAUCAUAAGAAAUAAUAGUUAGGCAGAAAGAGUGUCAUGAAACAGGAACAGUCGGCUUCCUGGAAGAAGAGGAAGUAAGUUUCCAGCUUGCAGAUUCAUAGAAAUAGUUUAAACUAUUCCUAUUUCAAAGCAUAAAAGUUUUAAAGAAUGAAGUCUAAACAUUUUAUUGAAUAAGACCCGAAGUAAAAUACUUAAGUUAAUAUUGGUUUACUUAUAAGAAUAUGUAAGUGUAAGUGAAAAUGUACAUUUGUGGAAAUACAAGUAAAACAAGUAACUGUAGCUUUGGUGUCAAAUAAUUAGAAUAAUGGAUUAUUCUUGGUUCCUUUUCAGAAAACGUCUAUAAUAACUCACAUUAAGAUUAUAAUAAGAAUAACUAAUAAGUUAUGGUUAUAAUAUUAUAAAUGAAUGCUAAAUCAGAGAAACUAAAAGGUUAUACAUGUGAUUUGACAUUGAACUGGAAAUGGUGUAAAAUGUGUAACUGUAAUUAAAGAUCACUGAUGUUGUGUUGGAGGUCGAUGGUAGGAGAAAGGUUAGGGGGAAAGAGUAACUAACAAGAGAGCAGAGAGGACCAAGGCCUUAUGUGGUAACAAAUUGAACAACUUAAACUUUCCAAAGAAAAGAUUGGGCAGGCAACAGACGUAGGAGGACUGUUGAGCAACUCGGAGUCAAUGGAACAGACAUCAUGUCUCCAAGACAGUGAUGGAUAUGAGAUCAUCUGUCCAAGCAGUCAGCCAAUGAGACAGGCACAGCAACAAAGCUAGCCAAUGCAAACGCACCAAGAGGGUGGAUAAACCCUUUAUAAGAUGGGUGCAAAAGAGGAAUCUUUGGUUGGAUCCUUCAGGCAGCUUUGAGCCAAGAUCGAGAUGGACAAAGAACUCCACAGCUGAAGAAGAGCUGGGGCCACAGAGCCGAAGACUGUUCUGCGCAUGGGGACCAACCCAUCCGCCCUGCAACAUAUGGCUUCAAAUUGCACUUCUCUCAUCAGCUGGGUCCGGACCCCAAAGACAAAGACCAAGGCAAAGAUGAAGUUAAAGACAAAGGCAAAGAACAAAGGCAAAGAGGGAAGAAAUGGUGCGUUCCUUCCCUGAGACCAGCUCGUCUACAUCUCGAUGGACCAGAAAGAUCGUGAGACGAGGAGAAAGGAGCUACAGAGCCGCAAGACAAGAAGCUGAAGACCGCUACGCACAAGAGGAAGUCACCCUAAGACCCGAGACCUGCUGCUCUAAGUCAGUACUCUUCCUGCCAGCACCCAAGACCUGUGUGACCUCACCAUCGAAGCAGAGACGAAAGCUCAUCAGAGAUGUUGUGGACAUUCAAUUAAUGAGUUACCUCAAAGUUCUUUGAUGGUUGUAAAAUAGCUAUGAUGUUUGAUUCUGGAGAGGAAAAGGUGGAAAAUGUUUGAUAGGUUGCUUUUAGCCCAAAACUAUAUGUAAAACAACACCCUUGGGACUCGCCCGAGUCUCUAAUACCAACCUGGUUCAGUAACAAGUGCAAGUUGUAAUAAAAGAGUGUGACCAUUAACAGGUGUGCUCUGUGGAACUAGUUGGGUGUAGGCUGCUCACUCUGGCACAGGGGGAAGGCGGGUGUUACAUCUGGACGAGGGGUAAAUCCCAAUGGAUUCAGGAAACUCAAUUUACUUGUUAGAUGGAGAGCUGCUCCUCUCAGAAGUUAUGGUUAGGGUUAGGGUUCUCUACUUCAGAAGGGGAAGCAGAGCAAGAAGGGGUGGUGGGGGCGUUGCGCUACAAUAAACUGUUUUUUUUUUGUUGUUUGUUUUUUCAGUUCUACGACUGACAAAGGACCUCUAAUACAGCACUAGUUUCAAUUGUAUCUAAAACAGGAGUAAAUAAAUUUCACAAUAUUGUUAAGCCAGUGGUAUCAUUAAUGUGAAUCAGGAGGAACAAUCAUUAUUGUUUCCUAAGUGUUUCCUUAGUAGCUUCCUAAGCAUUUUCAUCCGGUAGGUGGCAAAAAGACCAGAUCUGUAUGCUGACUGCCCUGCAUCAACACAUUUAUUUUAUAACUUUUUCACUUUUUUUUGUCAGAUUUUAUCUUGUGAGCGAUGGAGUACCUCUGAUAGUUGUAGUCAUUACGGCUGUCUUUGGCAUGGAUAACUAUGGCAGCAGAGAUGGAGCAUUAUACUGCUGGAUGGCAUGGGAACCUAGUCUGGGAGGCUUUUAUGCACCAGUAGGUCUUCUGGUCAUAGUCAUGUCUUUGCACUUGUUGAUUACCUACAUCCAGCUGAAGCGCCACCCAGAGAGAAAGUAUGAAUUACGCCUUCUAAGAGAGGAUCAGCAGAUGUUGUCGUCCAGUGAGUCAAACCAUCAUUGUCAAAGUGGCAGUGGUGGAGCUUCAGUGUCUGCUGGAGACUGUCUGCCAUUUUCUACUGGUGCAUCUAUACUGGCUAAUGAACACUCUUUUAAAUCCCAACUACGCGCCACCAUCUUCACACUCUUUCUGUUCCUGGCAACCUGGACUUUAGGAGCAUUGGCUGUAUCACAGGGACAUUUCCUGGAUAUGAUUUUCAGCUGCCUCUAUGGGGCUUUUUGUGUCACUCUGGGCCUCUUCCUUCUCAUCCAGCAUUGUGCCAAACGGGAUGAUGUGUGGAAUCGUUGGUGGGUUUGUUGCCCAUCUAAAUCAAAGAUAGAAAAUGUAAAUACUGAUGGACAGAAUCAGACACAACAACUCCAUCAACCACACUGCCACUUGAGUUCUCCGUGUUUAGGCAAGCAGCCACUGCUUUCAUCCCUCUUACAGGGUUCUUCAGACAAAAUGACACCACCUCCUCAAAGCCCAACUCCAAGUAACACAGGUCCAUGUUGUGUGGCUGUAAUGAGUCCACCAUCCCCUAUCCCAUCUCUCAUUGAGCCAAAGUUCUCACCACGUCCUCAUUCACUUCCAGAUGAGCUCCCUCGGCCAACUCUUCCCCUACAGAGAUGCCUUACUGAGAGAGCAAAGUCACGCUCCUUUAACCGCCCACGACCAUGCCUCCAAGACUACCGCUCACAUAUGGCUUCACUGAGUAUGGACGGAAGUGUCCACAGCUCCCACAGGGACAGCUCUCAGCCUGCACAGCAUCUAGAAGGAACACCGUUAAUUUCCAACAGCCCACUUCCAGAUCAUCAGCUUCUUUGUCCUAGUCCCCACUUGGAUAAGCAGAUGGCUUCCUGCCACACCUUUCAACGCCAAACCUCCUGCCAGAGUAUACAAGACCCAGUGACUUCCUGUCAUGGCCAUGUUCACAACAUGCAUGACAGCAUAACGUCCUAUCACAGUCUCCUCCUGCCUUCUCAAGGGGUCCAUUCUUGUCAGUGGCACAUGUGUGGUUCAGCUACUCCCUCUGCUAAUGCAGCCUGCUGUGAGAAACUAGAUUCAUUUACAGUGCAAUUUGAGCAAGACCCCAAAACAUACAGCUGCACAUUAAAGUCAGAAGAUGAAGACACAGAUAUCCAUUCUUUGGACAUAGAGCAGAGAGGCUUUCCAAGAAAUACUCUGCCUCGACAGCAUUCCAAAGUUAGCCGCCGAGGAGUCAUUGGUCGAAACAGAAGUUUGCAAGAAGAUGGCCUGUUUGGCUCAGAUGCUACAGGAAAUAUUCGGACUGGCCCUUGGAAGAAUGAAACCACAGUUUAGAUGUGAUGUUAGUUUAGCCUUCCAAUAACUGUCUUUAUAGAUGAUUUGUAUGUGUUUUGGUCUUUAUGCUGUACCCUAAAAUAACCUCAACGAGUCCUCACAUAAUUUAGGACUAAAUUAAGUUGUGAAAUAAAUAUUUUUUAGUUAUAUUUGAUUAUCAACUUAGUUUAACUACAGGUGAAUCCACAUUAUGCUUUAAAUCUGCAAGCUAUAUUGCAUGAAUGCUCAGGGGCACAGUGGUUCUUUAAUUAGAAAUGUAAGUGAAAAGAAAGGGGUCAAGAGUUUAAACCACAUUAAUUCCACUUAGAUGUUUCAUGUUAGUUUCUGUAAAUUGUUUUAUAUUAAUCUAAAAUGUUUGUAUCUAGACAAAUUUAAAUACCAGCACUCACUGAUUUUAAACGUUGCAUAGGAACACAGACUAGGUACAAAAUAUGACUAGAGCCAACCGCCCUUGAUUUUUUUUUUUUUUUUUGAAAAGACAUGUUAAGGGACUUGGCCUCUUGACUUCAUAUGCAUGAAAAAGCUUCCAAUAACUCUUUUUAGAUACAAUUGUCUCAAAGACAGAUAAUCAAACCCCUCCCAACCAGAAUAGCAGGUGCUGUAUAGGUGCACUAAACUGCUCAGUGUCUAUAUUUUCCCUGGGCAUGGGUGCUAAUGCAAAAGAAUUUUAAAAAUGUUACUUCUUCCUGCCUUUGGCUCUGUAUACAUGACAAUAUAUUAUAUAAAAUUGUCUCUUUUUAGCUUUGUAUCAUGUUAUUCCUGUCAUGGACUGGUGACCUGUCCAGGGUGACCCCACCUCUCACCUGUUGACCGUGGGAGAUGGGCACCAACACCCCUGGCGACCCCACUAGGAAUAAGCGUGUUGGAUAAUGGAUGGAUGGAUAUCUUGUUAUUAUAUUAUUCCCUUAUCAAAAACAAACCUGGAGUGCUGCUUUGAUUCUUUCAUGUAUAUUUGAAACAUAUUUGAAUCUCCUGUGGCAGCCAUUCUGUGGUGUCUAAAUGCUUGGUCUAGCCAAAUACCACCUUUUUCCAUGAAGCUCCUCCUUGGAACGGCAGUCUCCAGCUGAGCUUCCACCUCAUUGAGCACCUCUCCUCCUAGCCUCCCCCAUUCAGCUCCUCCAGACUAGCGGCAGCAACAAUUAGUAAACACCAGGUGGAACUGUGAGUCUGCUGAGCUUAUUAUAUAAACUACAUCUCAGUCCUACACUCCUAAGAAUGUUUGUUAAUGGCAUAAUGUAGAACCAUUGUUGUGAUGACGGCGGGGUAUCAGAAAGAGCAGGAGUCUCUCAAUGAGACAGAGGCCCAAUUUCAAGAAGCUAAGUUAUGAAUUCAAAUUUCAAGUCAUGUUGCAUACAUACAGCACUUUUAUAACAACUGAAAGUAACAGUUACUUGAUUGUGGGGGUGGCCAUUCAUCGAAUCAUUUAUUGUAAUUUUUUUUUGCCAUUUUAAGAAUUUUGAUUUAUCGUCACCAUAAAUUUCAGUAAACGUUAAAAAAAUUGACUAAAUGUUAUUUUUUAAAAUUUUUCUCGUGUCUUUCCACAAUAUCAAUAACUAUCAAUAAAUUUAAAAAUGAUUAUACUAAGUCUCUAAAUGCAGUUCAGUGAUACAAAUCACACUUCUUUAAGAAAUGUAUUUCAAACAGAAAUGUUUUUCAAGAGUAGCAUUUAUGUUUGCGGUGUUAUGAAUGUUGUGCCAUGCAAUCACCUAAAACAGAAGUGAUGAAUAGUUUUUAUUAUUUUUAUCGUUAUCAUAGUACUACAAAAUAUUGUCAUAAAAUUCUUAGUACAUGUCGCCCACCCCUACUUGAUUGUACUAUAAAGGUGCUUCAGUUCCACAUUCAUCUGUUCAAACAAUUAUACAAGUGUAUAGACAUGUUGGGAAUGUGCAACCAUCACAUUGUACAGGAAGAUAAUGGGUUCUGUGUCCCAGAGAUAAAUAUAUAAAUGUGCAGAUAGACCCCAGAAUAAAAGCUAAAGAUGCUGCUGUCAUUAUCCCCAGUGAAACAUGCCCUGUUCUGACUGGCCACUCAGCAAAGAAUAAGUU